AUGUUUGGCUGGGAUAGAAAUCUAUACUCUUCAAGGAGUUUUCAAAAGCCAAGGUUCCUUUUCCGUCGAAGGUUAGGAAGUCGAUCAUUCGUUAUCCCAGCAGUCAUUGUUAUGGUCCCUAUUCUUUGUUUAACUCUUUUAGCAUUAUGGAUGGGCUUUCGACAUGUUACAUAUACAAUGUCGCAUCCACCAUUGGAAAGGAUUGACGAUAAGCUUGAUCCUAUGUUUUCUAAAGGAUGUAAAAAUGUUGCAUUAGAGGCUCAAAUGCACCCUAGGAUGAAUGCGACCUUUGUCAUUUUAGCUAGAAAUUCCGACCUUGAAGGGGUUGUUUCUUCUAUGAAAUCUUUGGAAAAGCAUUUUAAUCGCCAUUUUAAUUAUCCCUACACUUUUUUGAACAACGACCCGUUCGAUCAAACAUUCAUGGACACAGUCCGUGAGCACACGGCAGCAGAUAUCGAGUUUGGAGAAAUUGGCAAAGAAAUGUUUGGAUUUCCUAAUGAUGUUGACGUUUCAAUAUAUCAGGAGGCUAUAGCUGACCAAGGAGAUCGGGGUAUUAUGUACGGAGAUGCAGAAAGCUAUCAUCAUAUGUGCCGGUUUUUUUCUGGCUUUUUUUAUAAACACCCUCUUCUACUAAAGUACCAAUGGUAUUGGCGUGUAGAACCGGAAGUGACUUUCACUUGUGAUAUACCGUAUGACCCAUUCUACUACAUGCAGAAUAAUGGAAAAGUAUAUGGUUAUGUUAUUGCAAUAAAAGAAAUAGAAGACACUGUUCCCAGCUUAUUUCGAUACUCGUCUGCUUAUCGUCGUUCAAUGCAACUUAAUUCAGGAUUGUGGAACUUUUUCUUAGAAUCUGGCGAUUCUGAAGACAAAUCUGAAGAGGAGUCAGUGGAUACGAAUAACAUAAAUUCACAAACACCACUUAAGUCUCAAUUGGAUACAAAAAUAAAGACUUUAUACUCUGAAGAAAAUUCCAACAUGGACGGGGAAUCAUACAAUAUGUGUCAUUUUUGGAGCAAUUUUGAAAUUGCUAAUUUUGAUUUCUUCCGCAAUGAGUUAUAUGAAGACUUUUUUCAGACGAUGGAUAAAACCGGAGGCUUUUGGACUGAAAGGUGGGGUGAUGCACCAUUCCAUUCUUUAGCAGCAGGACUUUUCUUGAAAGAAAGCGAGGUACAUUAUUUUCGCGAUUUUGGAUACCGUCAUUCGGAUAUUUAUCACUGUGGUCAGGAUCUUGGCUGCAAUUGUGAAUGCCUGCCAGAAUUUCCAGAGGUCGAAUUUGCUGAAGGUGGUUGUUUCCGCCAGUGGGCGAAGCUUGUUGGUGAUGGACCCCUAUAA